ACUUUUGAAGUGAUUUAGUAUGAUUUAUAAGUGUUGGAGGUUCUGGAUCUUGAUAGAAAGUGAUUGAAAUCAGUAUAGUAAGAUAAAUUUGAAUAAUAAAAAAAUAGAAGCAGUUUUGAAGUAUUAGAUUAUCUUCUCAUUGUAUCUAAUGAUUUAGUAUAUGUCAUGAGAAACUGGAUAUUCUUGAAUUACUUUUGUUCAAUUACUUUAUUGUUGGUAUCGUUGCUGGUUGUUGGUAUCGUUCUGUUUUUAAUUUAUUUGUUGUGUUUAUGCUAUUUAUUGUUUUUUAUCUAUUGUGUUCCUUACGUCAUGGCUUAUUGUAAUCCAUUUGGGAUUGAUUUCUUUGUGAUUUCAUGUCAUAUUAGAUCUUUGUAACUAUUUAUGUACAUCAGUUGCCAUUUUAAAGUCCCUUACAAUGUUAACAACAGCAACCAUCUGCUGUAAAGCUCUUCCAUUGUCUGUUGUAUGAUGUCAUUGCAAUAUUCUUACUUUAUGACUAGAGAAUGUGAUCUCAUCAUACCACUGUGGUUUAUAAUACCGAAAUUUUAUUUACUGCCACAUAAAAUGCAGUGGCUAUUCUUUUGUUCUUCUCUUUUAUCUCUCGCAGGUCUACUUAAUUAACACAAUCAACAAAAGCAAAAUGACUAUUUUCUUUGACCACUGCACUUUGUUUUAUUAAGCGAUUUAUGUUGCUUGUAAACUUCUAACAUCAUACUAUGUAGGAGACAAACUCAGAUGCACUAGAUAUGAUAGUUGCUGCUGCCUUUUUUUUUCCUAUUUCAAAUUUUCUCAUUUAAGAUGAAUUAGAGAAGAAUAUGCUAUGUAUUUCAAAAUUUAAAUCAUGGAGUGUUUCAUAAGAGACAUUUAUAUCAAUGUGCAUUCUUUAGAGUGGAAAACCAAAACUCAAUAAUGUAUUUGUUCUUUUAAUUUAAUUUAUUGUUUCUGCUAUUUAUUUAUAGUAAGUUUAAUGUAUUUUGUUGGAUCAAGACUUUGUUAGCUAUUGUGUAUUUGUUCUUAUCGAUUUCAAUGUUAUGACUUUGUGAAAUAGUAUGAUAGUAUAUUUUUUGAAUUGAUUAGAAAAACCGAACAAACUGAAUCAAACCAAACCGAUUUUAAUUGGUUUGGUUUGGUUUGAUUUGGAUGGCCUCAAUAAAAAAAUCAAACCAAACCAAACCGAACUGCAGUUUAAUUGAAUGAUUGGAUCGAAUGACUUUUUUCUCAAAAACCGAACCAAAUCGCACCGCACACACUCCUGUUUAAAAUUAAAUAUUAUAUUAUAUUUAAUUUAACCGGUGUAAUUAUGGUUUAAUUUGAUCGGACCAUUCACUUAACCGGUUUGGUUUUUGCAACCUUGAUUGAUUCAGGCAUUCAGCAACUUUCGUAGCUUCGACCCAGAAGAUAAAAAAGAAAGAAGAAAAUCAACGAGAUAAUACUCAAUUUGGUCUCUGAACUUACACGCGAGUCUCAAUUUGGGACUAAAUAGAGGCAAUUGAAAUUUCAGGGACUAAAUUGAGACUCGCGUGUAAGUUCAAGGACCAAAUUGAGUAUUAUCUCGAAAAUCAACUAUAGAAGCGGACAGGGCGCCGGAACCUCUCUCUCUCCCCCCGUAAGUCGUAACCAUGGCUAUGGCUAUGCAAAGCGGGAUCGGCUUCUCUAAGAUUCUCAUCAUAGCUGGAGCUGGCUACACCAGUACCGUCCUCAUCAAGAACGGUAAACUUUCCGAUUUAAUUGGUGAGCUCCAGUUGUUGGUGAAGGGAUGGGAAAAAUCUGGCGAUCACAGUGAAGGUGAAGGUGAAUAUGCUGAUGCCAUUGCUGCGCAGGUGCGUCGAUUGGCAAAUGAAGUUCGGCAGUUAACAUCAAGCAGGCCAAUUACAGUACUCAAUGGGGGUUCUGGAGAAAGUAACUUAUCUUCACUUGUGGUUCCAGCAGCUGCAUUGGGUGUUGUGGGUUAUGGUUACAUGUGGUGGAAGGGAAUCUCAUUCUCAGAUCUUAUGUAUGUCACUAAACGUAGUAUGGAAAAAGCUGUUUCAGAUUUGACAAAAAAGCUGCAGCAUGCCUCAGAUGUCAUUGCUGAUGCUAAGAAGCAUUUGACACAGAGGAUCCAACAUUUGGAUGACAAAAUGCUCAAGCAGAAUGAAUUGGCACGGUCAAUUAAGGAUGAAGUUGCUGGGGUUCGAAGUACAAUUACUAAUUUCCAUGAUGACUUGGGAAUCUUGCAUUACACAGUGGGAUCAUUGGAUGAAAGAUUGGCUACACUAAGUGGCAUGCAGGAUGAUGCAAAUCAAGGUUUGGCGUACCUCAUCGACUUCGUACAUGGGAAAACCCGCAAACCACCUGAAUUCUUGCAGGAGCGGCUGAGGAUUUCUGCAAAAUCCCGUAGUGUUCUGACAUAUCAGGGAGCUCCAAGUCUGAUGGGACUCAAAGACAUUGCGGAAACAAUGCGUAGUGAUUUAGACAGGUCAGCCUCUGACGGUAUCUUAUCCGAUGGCAUGGAUAAGCUAGAGCAUCUGCGAAGGCCAUUGCUGAGGGCUGCUUCAACCAGGUGAUGAUGACAAAGUCUAGGUCACCUAACUUCUAAGCGGGCUUUCUUUCACUGCUUGGGUGUAAUCGAGCAGCAACUUAAGCUCACUCGCUGAUAUAUACUCCCUCUGAAUCUACAUAAUAUUGAUACUAGAUUAAGUUUUAUAUUCAAACUAGCGGAUGAAGUAAUAUAUUGUAAAUAAAGUUUUCUCUUGAAGCUCAUGUAUUGGUGCAGCCAAGAGCCUAUCGUAUUCCAGAUGUAUGUAAUUCGUGUCUUAACAUAGUAUGUUUUUCCUAGGUUGUCAUUAUGGGUCGCUUUCUUCUAAUGUAUGAGCUGGAUGAUCACCAUCUUACUAUGAUAUAUCUGGAAAUGAAUUCUUGCAAUUAAAUAGGCAAUUUUUGCAAACG